CACAGUGGCGGCGGUCAUCAAUUAAAAUGAUACUCCUAUAUUCUUGUCGACGGUGCCGGCUGGCCCUCGUCAACAAAAGAUAUCGACAAUAAUCUUCUCAACGCUGCCGGCGCACACAUUGAUAUUUCCGCCGACCCGCACGCCUAUCUACAAAUUCAGUCAUCCCCCACAUCUCUGCGGAUCUGAGAUCUCGCCGUGCCUCAUCCCCGAGCCCUCUCUUCCCAGCUUCACCGGCGCGGCUCACUGCGGGUCGCUCCAUUUGAAGAAUGGCGAAGCGUCGGAAAGUCACGUCCGCCAUUGUAGCUGAAGAAGAGAGAAGGACUCACGUGAUCAACAUAGAUGGGUACUCAAGAACCAAGGAGCUGCUCAAGGCCGGCGACUGUACCACAUCCAUCCCUUUCAUGGUGGGAGAUCAUAACUGGGUCGUCAAGUAUUACCCGAACGGCAACGACAAACAUGGUCACAUAUCUGUUUAUCUGGUCCUUGAUUCGGCGGGCGGCGACGGUGUGAAGGCGAAAGUCACCUUCAGCAUCCUUGACAAGGGUGGAGAACCAGUGCCCGCAUACAUCAAAGUCGCCCCGGAACAUGUGUUCCCAUACAAUGGUUCAGAUUGGGGUUUCGGUGAUUUUAUCAAGCAUGAGGAUCUGGAGGGAUCGGUGCAUCUAGGAGGCGAUAGUUUCAGAAUCAAGUGCGACGUGGCCGUGAAGAAGAUCCGUAGCGAAGAGACACAUGCAAAUCAGUUUGUUGUGGUUCCUCCAAGCAACUUGCAUCGGCAUCUCGGUGAGCUCCUGAAAAGCAAGGAUGGAGCAGACGUGGCCUUUCGAGUUGGUGGCGAGAUAUUCUCAGCCCAUAGGUCGGUGCUCGCCGCUCGUUCGCCAGUCUUCAAGGCGGAGCUCUUUGGUACCAUGAGGGAGAGAUCUGGUGAUCCUAUUGAAAUUGAUGAUAUAGAAGCAGGUGUGUUCAAGUCCUUGCUCCAUUUCAUCUACACGGACUCACUCCCUGAGACAACUCGUGAAGGAACCAAUGAAGGCGUAACGCAAGAAGAUAUAGCAACAGCUGGCCAUCUACUUGUAGCAGCAGAUAGGUACGACAUUGCGAGGCUCAAGCUGAUAUGUGAGGAGAUAUUGUGCAAUCACAUUGACUCCAGCAUGGUUGCAACUAGUUUGGUUUUGGCUGAGCAGCAUAAUUACCAUGGACUCAAGGAGGCUUGCUUUGAGUUCCUUGCUUCUCCGUCCAAUUUGGAAGCGAUGAUCGUAAGUGAUGGUUACCAACAUCUAAAAAGCAGUUGCCCAUCUCUUCUGCGAGAGCUGAUUGCUAGACUCUUGCCUGUUGAACUGACAGCAGCCAAGGAUAUUAUCAGGGACAUUUAGUACUUGCGUGUAUGGGUACUAAUGAUCAUAUCAUCAAGUAAGCCUAGAAUCUGUUUUGCUGGUUCCCGUGUAUGCCUGUAUGGUUGCGUAAUAAUGU